UGGAGACUGACCAAAAAAACAAAGUUGAGGAUCAAAACUGUCAAAAUGGACUCGACUCUCAUGACAAUGGGAGGUUGAUGGAUAAAGCUGUAAACAUUGCUCUGCUGCCUAUUGCUAACCCAGAUGAAUCUGGGUGGCAAAUCCAAGGUAGAAAGCGUAGAAACUCUCGUGAAAGGAACGGGAAAAGGACAGAUAUGGGAAGCCUGAGUGACAUGGUCACUUUUGAGAAGAUCCGUCUUCAUAAGCCAGAAAGCACUGCUCCCAAAUCCAUGCUCUCCAAUAAUCCUUUCCUGGUCUUGGCCAAUAUUGGCGAGGACGACUAUCAGAAGCCAUACUCGAAAAGACAGUGCGAGACAGUUCCAGUCAUUCGUACUCUUGAGUGCCCUCUUUAUGACGAAACCACUCGUUCCAGUGCCUUCAAUUUUGUGGACUUUGAAGUGGGCUCUCACAAAGUCCAGAUUGAGGAAACAGUUGCGAAUGAUAAACUGGAUAUUGCUCAAGACUCUGCCCAAGCCUCUAAUCAAGACUCUGCCAAUGACUCUGCCCAGACUCCAGUUUUAAACUUGAAGAAAGUUGAGACUCCAGUUGAGCUGUCUGCUACUCCUGAACCUGAUGCCUUUGACGCUGGAUGGCAAGUCCAGGGCAGAAAACGUAGAAACCGUCGCAUAAGACCGACAGAAAAUUCUGUUGUGACAGCUUCGGAAAGUGCCUUGAAGAUACCUGUGGUCAAACCCAGUUUUAUUCUGAAUCCUUUCCAGUUAUUGUCUGAGAUAGGUGAUGACGAUUUCCAGAAACCUAGACCAAAAAGACAAAGGAAAAAAGAAUGUAUCACAGCCGCCUUAUUAGAAAGUUCUAAGGUUGAUGUGGUACCAAUUCUCUUUUCACCUGCUGGACUAAUGGAAGACUUGGCGGAGGACAAUCGGAACAAAGCAACACAAUGUUCAACUGAGAAACUACUCACGACAGAAAUCCUCACAACGCCCCUCGAGGAAAACAGUAGCAAAGACUCUGCAGAAAAACUUUCAGUGAUCACUGUUGAUACUACUUGUGAUAAUAAUAUUGAUGAAAAGCAAGCCAGGGUUUCUGAGCCAUAUCAGGCUUCUGGUUUGCCUUUAGAUAUGUCCCGAAAAAAGAACACCGCCACUAUCCACGAUGAUUUUGACUUGUCUCGCUUACGCAGGCACCUGAAGCACAAGAGACAAACAAGAAGCAUCCCCGUAUCUGUCUCGGUGAAAAAUGACUGUUAUAUGCCCACGUUUGCACCAGCAUAUACGUGCCAAUUUAAUUCUGAGACAACAGAACAAAAUGAAGGGUGGCAAGUGCAAAGAAAAAGACUACUGAGGGGAUCUCGCCUGCUUGUGAACCAUAGCUUGCAUUCCAGCAGGGCGCCAUCCUCGACUUUAGGUCCUGUUGAAAAGGUCUCUCUCCUUGAUAGCUAUGGCGGAAUGGAGCCCAUACCUGAAAAUAUUGUCAUCUUGUACAAGAGAAAACGAACAGAUGGUCUUUGAAUUUUGGGCUUGACACCUAUCUGGUCGAUGAAGGUGUUAGACUUAAUUAUCGAUCUUGUCUUCAUGAAAAAAAAAGAACGAAAAUGAUAAAAAAAAUUUAAAACAUAAAAAAAAACAAAAAAAACACUCUUAUAUAUCAAUAAAC